UCAUCCCAACAACGCACCUGCAACAAUGAAUCACACGUCGCCGUUAAAUCACGAUUCCCAAUGUCGCCGCCAUUUCCGUAACAAAAUAUCCUUCGAACUCCUCGUCCAAAGCAGGAAACUCUGACCAGUUAUUCAGCGGAACCAAGGCAUGGAGAAACAGUAUCGUGAAAACGUUCCACGGGGAGGGACAAUCUUUUAUCGCUGUAGCUGGUUUCAUGAGAAGGUGAUCUCCCCCGUGUUCCGGCCAUAUUAUGUAAGGGCGAUCGAAAAUCCUGGCACAGAAACGCAACUCGGUUAAUGGUUCUCUCAGAUGUAUGCUCGAGAGUGAAAGCGCAAGCAUCGCUCGCGUGUUGUUGCUGGAAUUACGUUCCUCGUGUUCAUCGGACGCGUUAGAACCUUGCUGUACUCGUGUUCCCUUCGACCGAAAAAGAAAAUGAGAUCGACGAUUCUGGUAUUACUGGUGGUCGUUUGCGGAAAUUUCGCUGUGGAAUUCGAGGAACACUUCAAGGAUUGCCAUCCAAACGUGCCAGGAUUCGACGGCUGCAUAAGAGAAGCAUUAAAUGCGAUUCGACCAUACUUCAAAACAGGUCUUCCACAAUAUAAUGUAGCUCCGUUCGAUCCAUUUUUUGCUAAGGAAGUAUCAGUAACAAGAGGAAUGCCGAAUUUUGGGUUCACAAUAACAUUAAAGAACGUCACUGAAAGUGGAUGGACGGCUAGCAAGGUGACGAAAUUUGUCAGCGACUUGUCAAACUACAAGGUGGUAUAUACCCAGAGUUUCCCAGCAAAAUUUCUAUCCGGUUUGUACGAGUUUAAAGGAAACAUGUUUGGCUCCAGCGUCAGCAACCGAGGAAAAUUCACAUUAGCUCUGUAUGACCUCAUCCAAACAACCACAGUGACAAGAAGACCCGGACAGAAGAUAACAGUCAGCGUCGACGUUCAAACGAUCCGAGACCUAAAGCUCCACAUAACAAAUUUAUUAUUUGGCCGACAAAUCCUCGAAGAUAUUCUUGACAAGAUAAUUAAUGGAGCUUGGCAACCGGGAUUCGUGAUGACUAGGCGGUUGAUUAAUGAUCUCGUUUCCACUGCGUUUACGGAAAUUUUUGGAAACGCUUUCCGUAAUUUCCCUUUUGAUAAAAUUAUCAAACCUAAGCCUUGAGUUUAGUUAAACUUCUUGUAAAUUGUUUUGUGAUGCUUUGGAAAAUGAAUUGAGGGAUUGUUGGAUCAUGGUUGUAUGAUAAAAUUGUGUUUUCAGAUUGAAAUUAUUAAGUUAGUGGUUUUUUGAGAAACAUUACUAUUUUUAGUAUUUGGGAAUUACUUUGUUAUUUGAGUAUUUGUAAAAUUUUACUCUCAAAAUUGUAUAUGUGUAAUUUCUGAGAAAUGAAUGAGGAAUAUUAUAAGAAUUAAGAGUGAGGAAUAUUAUGAAAUUAUUUAUGAAAAUUAGCGAUAAAAAUAUCGUCUGAUUAGACAAAACUAGAGACUUUGUUUGUAAAAAUUAACAUUCAUAACAAUUAUUCAUAGCACUAUCAUCUGAUUAAAUGAACGAAGGAAAUUAUUUAAGAAAAUCAUUGAUGAAAUUGCUAUUUAAUUCAAUGAGUAAAGAAAAAGUAACUGAUAUCACAUAUAAACUACUAACUUUAAUUGAUAAAUUAAUGAAAUUAUAUUGAUUUGUCAGAUAAAUAAUAGUUCAACAAGCACAGUAAUUUACAUGAUCCAAACUAAACAAUUAACCCUUAAAUUCUAUUUUCAAGCAUUCAUGUCUAAAGAAUGAUACUCUAAGAGAAUCAAAAUACUUCACGAACUAAAAAUACCUUUUAUUCAAUGUGAAAAUAUUAAUUUAGUAUAUUAACUAAUAAUAUUAUCAUAUAGACACUGUUUAUUUACAAUUUUAUAAACAUGUAAAUAGUAAUUGCAUAUGUUAGAAAGAAGAAAACUGUGUUUAGAAUUUUAAACUUGUUAAACUUUUAUUUUGCUUGAUUAAUGUGCAAAUAAUGCAAUAUUGUAAUAGGUACUAUAAGAUAUACAAUACAAUUGUUUAAAUGUACCACAUGAUGGACUUCACAAGAAUCUCCUUGUGAUCAAAGAAACAUUAUAAAACUUUAAACCAUUUUAAUUAUAAUACUCAUAGUACGACAAGGAUAAUGUAGUUUUUAUAUUUUGAAUGUAUACAUGAAUUUAAGAGUAGUAAAUGCUCUAUAUGUAUUUAAAUUUAUGUAUUUUAGAUUUAGAUAUUGUAUAUAUUGAAU